ACUACGAGCUCGCCGUGCGUGGUUAGACUUUUUGCAUGUGAUUAUAACAUGUCCUAAAUCCGACUUGGCAAUCUGGCUUUGUAAGCCUAUCGAGCUCAACCAACAGCUAAUAUGAUUAACCCCGCAUAUACAUAAAGGGCGGAAGUAAUAAAUACCUCAUACCUUCUAAAGUAACAACCAGCUAUCUAGGUUACAGUAUCUUUCUAUCGGCUCAUCCUCUUACUACCACUCCUGUCCUCAAGUACCCUGACCCUGGACUCACAGCAAUGUCAUCUCCAAGCGAUUAUACUGUUGGUUGGAUCUGCGCUCUCACGAUUGAAGGCGUUGCUGCUACGGCUUUUCUUGAUCAGAAGCUAGAGGCACCGGCAUCUCAGGCUAAGAACGAUGCUAACAACUACAAAUAUGGGAAGGUUAAAGACCACAAUGUUGUUAUUGCCGUACUUCCUAAAGGAGAAUACGGGAAUAGCCCAGCAACCAGAGUGGCAAAUGACUUGAGUCGCAGCUUUCCUAAUAUACGUAUCGGCCUUCUGGUGGGAGUUGGCGGUGGUGCACCAAGCCCCAAGCAUGAUAUACGGCUUGGGGAUGUUGUAGUCAGUAUCCCAAAAGGGGGACAGAGCGGUUUGCUACGUACAGCAGUUGCAUCACUUGAAAUCGAUCACAUGAUGGAUGGCAAUGGUCUUGAAAGUAUGAUCACCGAAGUCUUGGACCAGAAUCCAAGACUCAUGGAACAAUUUGGACGGCCACCGAAUAGCACAGAUAUCCUGUUCCAACCUACCUUCAAACACAGCAAAGGUGAUUCAUGCAGGCUUUGCAAACCAACCCCGGACAACGUUAUAGAACGUGAGCCACGAAAGAACGAGAAAUCAUUGAUUCACUUCGGCACUAUUGCAUCGGCCAACACUUUGAAUGAUGUUUUGUGCUUUGAAAUGGAGGCGGCAGGACUUAUGAAUGGGUUCCCAUGUCUGGUUAUUCGCGGCAUCUGUGACUACUCCGAUAGUCAUAAGAAUAAACUAUGGCAAGGUUCCGCGGCCAUGGCAGCAGCGGCAUAUGCGAAACAAAUCACCAGCCUCAUCCGUCAUGAAGAACUGGCACAAGAAACAAAACUAUGCGAAAUUCAAACUCAAAUCAAUGAAAUUGCGAGAACAGCAGAAGACGUACGGUCGCAGCAAGAGAAGGAAGAACAAUUUGAGAUCUUGACCUGGCUUUCGCAAGCAGAUUUUGGACAGCAACAAAGUGAAAAUUUGCGAAAGUGGCAACAAGGCACUCUUCAGUGGCUUCUCGAGUCUCAUCAGUAUCAGAAGUGGAUCCGAGAGAAAGGAGAGAUACUAUUUUGCCCUGGUAUCCCCGGGGCUGGAAAGACUGUCGCUACAUCAGCAGUCAUUCAGGACCUUACUCAACGUUUUCCAGGAGGCACAGACAUUGGAAUAGCAUUCAUUUACUGCAGCUAUACAGAGAGGAACAAUCAGCAUACAACUGGCCUUUUAGCAAGUAUCCUGAAACAGCUUUGUCAAUUUCGAAAUGCGAUCCCCGAUGAUUUGAAAGAACUUUACAUCGAGCAUCGAAAGCAAGGUACUAGGCUACAGUACAAACAGAUUGUUAGAGUCUUGAAGUCACAAUUUGGAGUUUACUUGCGUGUCAUGGUCGUGGUAGACGCGCUGGACGAGUGGCAGCGCCCUCCGGAUGAUGCUUUCAACAUAUUGGACGAGUUGCUCAGUCUGCACAAUGAGAGUCGCAUUAAUCAUUUUGUGACCUCUCGUUUCGUCCCGACAAUCUCGAACAGGUUUCAGAAUUAUCCGUCUCUCCCUAUCCUAGCGUCGCAGAGUGAUAUUUCCGAAUACAUCAGCAACUACAAUUGGUCAUCAUCAAGCCUCGUCUAUGAGAACCCAGGUUUACAAGAACAAAUCAAAUCUUAUAUUUCUCAAGCAUCAGAGGGGAUGUUCCUAUUAGCUCAAUUCUAUCUUCGUUCGUUGGAAGACAAAACCACACCAAGGGAGUUGACGGAUGCCUUGAAGCUGUAUCAAGAUCGAGCUGAUCGUAAAGAGAAUGAUCAGAACUUCGACAUGCUGGCAGAAGCAUACGAUGAGGUGAUGGAUCGAAUCAACCGGCGGAACGCAAACUUCAGACGCAGAGCCCACCAAGUUUUGUCUUGGGUAUGUUACGCAGAGAGGCAGCUCUAUGUGAAAGAGCUCCAAGCUGCCAUAGCUGUAAAGGAAAACCAGGUCGAAGUUGACGAGCUAGAUUUAUGCCCCAUUAAUCUUUUACUUUCGGCAUGUUGCGGCAUAGUUGUGAUCAGCGAGGCAUCCGAGACCGUUCAGCUGGUUCAUUACACAGCACAGGACUACUUCCUCGACAGAAAGGGACAGUGGUUCCCACAUGGGCAAUCUUACCUUGCUAAGCAAUGUAUAAACUACCUUUCAUUACAGAAAUUCCAGGAUGACCUGCCCGACCCAGUAAAUGAUGUUGUCCAGAUAUGGACUAAGGACCCUCUUGACCGGAUUGCACUCUUUCAGUAUGCUGCACUGAAUUGGGGACAUCAUGUACGUAACGCCGAGGAUACCCCUAAGGCCAUUGCCCCAAUUGGAGAGACAGACGUCUCCCGCGCCACCAUUACACUUUCAGAGGUUGAUCAAGCCGUCCUGAACUUCCUCAGCUGCAAAGAUAAGAUCAAUCUGGCACUGAGUAUACACCUUUACACCAUUCAAGACAGCACUCUCGUGGGAGAAGACUUCAAGGCCAACGCAUUGCACAUGGCUGCGUUUUUUGGACUUGAUCGAGUAAUUCCAUCGCUCUUGACUGGGGUUAAGAUUAAUUCACAAGAUAGCAAUCGACGAACUGCUCUGGGCUGGGCGUCGAAGGCUGGCUGGAUUACUACUGUUCACUUACUGUUAUCAUUGAAUGCUGAUGUCGACGCCCUGGAUUUCUAUGGACGCACACCUCUGUUUGAAGCUACCGAGUCCAAUCAUUUCGAAAUCGUAAAUCUACUCAUUGAGAGAGGCGCUGAUAUACAUGUGGUGGCAUUCAAUGGAAAUACAGCUCUACACUAUGCUGCGGAGUCAAAUCGAGGCAAAAUCGCCCAUCUACUGCUAGACAAAGGCGCAAAGUUCGACAUAUCGAACAUGUUUGGACAGGUUCCUAUCAACAUAGCAGUGCGAAAUGGCAGUCGGUCAGUUUACAAUCGAUUGUUCAAGAUGGGUGUCAACCCCAGAUCUUGUGGUGUUGACGGGCGAACGAUCCUGAUGGAGGCAGCGAUGGCCAAGAAUGAGGAUCUCGUCAAAGAGCUUCUCAAACAAGGAGUCAAUUUAAACUCUCAAGAUUAUCAAAAUCGAACUGCCCUUAUGGAGGCAUGCCGAGCAGGUAAUCAAAAGAUUGUCGAGGUCCUUCUACAGCAUGACGCCAAGCCGGAUAUUCAAGAUUGUAAAGGCCCGACUGCCCUGAUGAAAGCGAGCCAUCAAGGAGAUGAAAGCAUAACUGCACUACUGCUUAAGAAAGGAGCAAAUCAACACAUAGUGGAUCAUGAUGGCAGUACUACCCUAAUGCAUGCCUGCGAAAGGGGCAGUGGCCGCAUUGUCAGGCUGCUGCUGCAGAAUGGGGCAGACCCAGAGGUCGUUAGCCACUCUGGCCUCACGGCACUGGAGUGUGCAAUUAUAGGAUUUGAUGAACUGAGCAUUAAACUCCUUCUCGAGCACGGUGGACAUAUGGAUGUUGUCUCACAGCUAUUUGAGGGCGAGUCACCGAAACUAAGCGACCAUGGGGCCGCCCUAUUUGAAGCAUUUGAAGAAGGUUGUAGCAGUGAAGUCCUACAACUACUGAUGGAAAGAGGACAAUCAAAGUCUCCAGGAUGGCACAAUGGCCUGCCCUUUUUGAAAGCAUUGGAGGACGGGCAUGAGAUAAUUAUCCCGCUGAUGCGAGAUUCCGGUGUUGAUCUCAUCAACUGUAGCAAGGAGACCGGCUUUAAUUAUUGGCUUGAGGUUGAGAGUUGCGGCGUUAAAGCGGAGAACUUUGUGCAUGUAGUAACUUGGGUUUUAUUUGCAGGCUGGUAA